GGCCGCAUUACGCCCCAUUGAUUCGACGUGAUACAAACUAUCCGCCUCUGUUCUCUCCAGCGGUGUGCGGUGGCAAGUCUGCCAAGAAAGAGACUAAAAUGGCGCUUACUUCCCAAGGAACAAAGAAAAAAGUUUGCUACUACUAUGAUGGUGAUGUUGGGAAUUAUUACUACGGCCAGGGUCACCCAAUGAAGCCUCACCGAAUCCGCAUGACACACAACCUGUUGCUCAACUAUGGACUCUACAGAAAGAUGGAGAUAUAUCGUCCCCAUAAAGCUAAUGGAGAGGAGAUGACCAAGUAUCACAGUGAUGACUACAUCAAAUUUCUGCGCUCCAUCCGGCCGGACAACAUGUCAGAGUACAGCAAACAGAUGCAGAGAUUUAAUGUGGGAGAGGAUUGUCCAGUGUUUGACGGUUUAUUUGAGUUCUGCCAGCUCUCAACAGGGGGCUCUGUUGCUGGUGCUGUGAAGUUGAACAAACAGCAGACCGACAUUGCUAUCAACUGGGCCGGAGGGCUGCAUCAUGCCAAGAAGUCUGAGGCCUCAGGGUUCUGCUACGUCAACGACAUUGUACUUGCUAUUUUAGAGUUACUGAAGUACCACCAGAGAGUGCUGUACAUAGAUAUUGACAUCCAUCAUGGAGACGGAGUGGAGGAGGCCUUCUACACCACAGACCGUGUCAUGACUGUCUCUUUCCAUAAGUAUGGAGAGUAUUUCCCUGGCACCGGAGACCUGAGGGACAUUGGUGCUGGGAAGGGUAAAUACUAUGCUGUGAACUACCCACUGAGGGAUGGGAUUGAUGAUGAGUCGUAUGAGGCCAUAUUCAAACCUAUCAUGGCCAAGGUGAUGGAGAUGUACCAGCCCAGUGCAGUGGUUCUGCAGUGUGGAGCUGAUUCUUUAUCAGGAGACAGGCUUGGCUGCUUUAACCUCACCAUCAAAGGCCAUGCUAAGUGUGUGGAGUACAUGAAGAGCUUCAACCUGCCACUGCUGAUGCUGGGUGGAGGAGGUUACACAAUCCGUAACGUGGCUCGCUGCUGGACAUACGAGACAGCUGUAGCCCUUGACACCUCCAUCCCCAAUGAGCUCCCAUACAAUGACUACUUUGAGUACUUUGGGCCAGACUUCAAGCUGCACAUCAGCCCUUCCAACAUGACCAACCAGAAUACCAAUGACUACCUGGAGAAGAUCAAGCAGCGUCUGUUUGAGAACCUGCGAAUGUUGCCCCACGCCCCGGGGGUUCAGAUGCAGGCCAUCCCAGAGGAUGCUGUACAGGAAGACAGUGGAGAUGAGGAGGAAGAGGACCCAAACAAACGCAUCUCCAUUCGUGCUCAUGACAAAAGGAUAGCGUGUGAGGAGGAGUUCUCUGACUCUGAAGACGAGGGCGAGGGAGGCCGCAGAAACACGGCCAGCUACAAGAAAGCCAAGCGAACUAAAACAGAAGGAGAGAAAGAGGGAGAAGAGAAAGAGAAGAAAGGUGAGGGAGAAAAUAAAGCAGAAGUAAAGGAAGAAGAAAAGGUGCCAGAGGAGGAGAAAAUGGACACAUCAAAGCCAAAGGAGGAGUCCAAGACACCUUGAAGUCUGGAUCUCUUCAUGAUGCCAAUGCAACCAUUCAGAAAGGAUCUGAACACCUUUGUUUUUCACACCAGUCGUCUUUCCAGGCUGCUGCAAUGGAAAUGAAGAACUUUACCUUUACAACAGACCCUUCUCCAAAUAGAUCCCCAGAAAAGAUGGGGAUCUAUUUAUCUUUCAAGGACGCCUUUUAAAUAUUGCUGUUGAUGGACUUAAGUUAAAUGUUUUUAUAAGUAUUGUUUUUGUAUGCCUUGUUAGUGUUUUGUCUCUUUUUGUCCUGGAUCUUUUUAUGCUAUGAAACCUGCUUUCCCCUUGACAAGCAGUCCUUUAGUCUUUAAAAAAAAAGCGCCUAGUACAUGUAUGCUUUUUAUACAUCUUUUGGAUUUAAUUUAUUUAAAUCAUGGAUAUUUUGGCUACUUUCUUGUCUCUCAGUCCCUCUUCUGUCCUGUGCCUUUGGAUGUAGUUGAAGCAUGUUUGUACCGUAGACCCACUUCUCAGAUAAAUUUGUUGCUGGUUUUGCUUGCUAAAGCUACAGUGGUUCAGAGAGUUGUAUAAAACUGAGUACUUCUUCCACAGCAUAUGUAAAUUACAUUCUUGUAUUUUGGGUCCUAAUUUUGUAUGCAUUCUUUGCUAAAUGAUGCCAUCUUGAGUGGCUUUUUUUGUGAAUCUAGCCUUUUAGUGAUACAUGAAAAUGUUCCUGAGUCAUAUCAGGUGAAUGUCAGAUACUGUUGGAGAGGUUCAGAUUUCACUGCAUUUGGGACUUCAAUGUCCAAUGUACUGUAUAGUAUACAUUGUAAAAUGGGAGGCCGAUAAAAGUGCCAGAACUCAUUUAUUGUUGUAUAUAUUUUUAUUCCGCAAACAUGAGGAAACUUGUUCCAAAAGAGUACUUGGAAAUUUCACACUUUUCAACACCAAUAAAAACAUAUAAAACAUUG